AUGUCAGCAGCGGCAGCGAUUGCGCAACCGCCAUCGGCGACAACAAUAUCUCACGUCGGUGAUACGAGUCCCCGUCCCAGUGAGACCUCAGAUGACGUCUCAACAUUGAAGCCCGUCGCUCAGGCAUCGUGGAAGAAGAAGCAUGGUCUGCAUCUUGGCCGCAGCAAUAGUGACCACAACGACAGCGCAAAACAUGAAAUCAACCGCACAGCAUCGCCCAAGCGGUCCAAGACGUUCUGGAAGUCCUUCAAGUACCUCCUCGACUUGACGCCAAAACAAGUUGACGAUUUUAUGGCAUCUUAUGUCAUUUACAGCCUUGACUGGGCAGAUGAGGAGCAAAUGGUCAAAACGCUCGGCCCGGAUUACAAGACCAAAGUCGGCGACUGCUUGCAAGCUUACUAUGGAGUCCUGAAUCAUCUCUGCGCGCUGGGCGACGUGGAGAAGAUGUACAUCCCGCCCCUGAUGGACAAGAAAUCAUCCGUUCUCGAUAACCAGAUGCUGUACGAGGAGUCCAUCGCCCAGGAUAUUGGUCUCAAACCGGGAGACAGGGUCCUCGAUCUCGGAUGCGGUCGCGGAAGAGUCGCGGCCCACAUGGCGGCCGUCACCGGCGCCGUGGUCACCGGUCUCAACAUCGACCCGAACCAGGUCGUCCAGGCUAGGGAGUUCACCGAGCAGAUGGGUUUGCAAAAUAGCUUCACGAUUCAGGACAUGAACGAGCUGCCGCUGCCCUUUGAGGACAACUCCUUUGAUGCAUUCUACCAGAUACAAGCACUCAGCCUGUGCAAAGACCUCCCGAAACUUUUCAGCGAGCUGCGCCGCGUCCUCAAGCCUGGCGCCAAGAUUUCGCUGCUGGAUUGGGUUAGCCUACCGGCGUACGAUGCGACGAACCCGGAGCACGCGGAGUUGAUGCGACGGACAAAGCCGCUGAUCGGAGCUGUGGGAACACCGACGCCCGAAACUUUUGCAAAGGCCUUGACAGACGCCGGUUUCGCGAUUUUGAAGUCCGACAACGCGAGUAUUGAUGGAUUACAGGCGCCACUCAUCGACAAGGCCGACGUCUACUUCCGCAGCCUGCGACAGGUUAUUCUUGGUCUGGUCAAGGUUCACCUGUUGCCGCCCCACUUCAAGACGCUCAUCAACCGGCUUUGUCUGGAUGGGCAGGCCUUUGUCAAGAUGGAUACCAUGCGGUUGGUAACAACAAGUUAUAGGAUCAUUGCGCAGAAGCAAUGA